AUGUCGGAGACAAUGUUUGCACAAGCCCUCAUGUCGGGUCUGGAGAAGCGUCCUACCAGACUCGCCAGCGAUCACGUCUCGGAUCCUAGGAAAUACCCUGCUCAAGCUCCCUAUACCCUCCCCAAGCCAGUCCAUCCUUUCCCUCGCCGCCAAAGGCCUACCGCUGGCCAACAAUCUCAAGCCAUCAAUGUCACUCUCAAGCCACUCAAGGGUUCUGAUCAACUCGACCUCCCGAGCCAACCUCUUAACACUACCAUUCUCGAUCUCAAGGCUCAAUACGCCCAGAAGUACAGCCUCGACAAGACGAAGAUCAAGCUUCUUAUGAACAAGAGACCAUGCACCGAUCUCAAGACCCUCAAGGAUCUCCUUCCUGACCCACUUCCCACCAAGGCUGAUUUCAGCGUCAUGCUUCUGGCUGGUGCUUCCACUCCCCUUCAACCUUCUACUCCUGCACCUGCUUCACCAGUAGUCAAGGCCGGCGAUUCACAAACCCUCCCUCCUGAUUCCGCCCCCUUAUCCGAACAUGCCCAAGCAGAAGCCGAAGCUCUUCCUCACGCCCACGAUACCGCUACUCAGAUGUUGCAGUCCGAUGAAUUCUGGGCCGAUCUCAAGGACUUUUUGGUUCAAAGGCUACGUGACGAGAAUCAAGGCGAAAGGCUUGUUCGUCUCUUCCGUUCAGCUUCUACUUAG